GUAAUAAAAAAAACCAAUGUUUUGUUUUGCAGUAGCAGUACAGUGUCUGUGUUGCUAACGAGGACCCCAUCUCCGAUAUUUCAUUUUUCUCGAGCGAAGAUUUCUGAGUUCAUUCACUUUCUGUUCUCUCCAUUCUUUCUCUGCUUCCGCUCUCCACAUCCCAAACCCAUUUUCAUCGAAAUCUACCGUUUUCAAUUUUUCCUUCUUUCUCUUUUCACUGUUUUAAUUCACUUUUUUGGUUUCAGUUACUGGGUUUUCUUAGUUACAAGGUUUUGAUGUCUUUUGGAGUGCAAAGUUAUUGGAAUUUUUCAUCUAGGGUUGUGAUUUUGGUGUAGUUGGAGUAUAGGGCAUUGAGGUGUGUGUCUGUGUGUGUGGGAUAGUGUUUUGAAUUAUGAGUGGUUUUGAUUAUGUUUAGGUUUUGGUUUUCUAGGUUUUGUUAGAGAUGGGUUUGUUGGGUUCUGAGAAUGGUAAAGUUGCUGAGAAUUGGGAUGUGUUUAAAUCAAAGGUGAGUAAGAAGAAGAAGAAGAAGAAUAAAGAGAAUGAGAGUGUGAUUAAAGAGGAAAAAACUGGGUGUUGGGUUAGAUUGAGAUUUUUUAGUAGCUGCAUUUCUUCAAGAUCCAAAGUUGAUACCUCAGUCAGUGGCACCGGUACCAGUACUCAUUAUGCUGAAAGUAAAUCAACUAAUGAUACAAGUAGAUGCCAACCAACAGCUCCGAUAAUCUCUUCGACAACAACUAGUAAUGCAGAAAGCAAUUCGUCCACUUCUAAACUUGAAGAGGAGCUUAAAAUUGCUUCCAGGCUGCGGAAAUUCUCUUUCAAUGAACUUAAGUCGGCGACAAGAAAUUUCCGGCCCGAGAGUUUUCUUGGCGAAGGUGGGUUCGGUUGUGUUUUCAAGGGUUGGAUCGAAGAAAACGGAACUGCUGCAGUGAAGCCUGGUACAGGGCUUACCGUCGCUGUGAAAACCCUUAACCACGAUGGGCUUCAGGGUCAUAAAGAAUGGCUGGCCGAGGUAAAUUUUCUUGGCGAUUUAGUUCAUCAGAACCUUGUUAAACUCGUUGGUUACUGUAUCGAAGAUAAUCAAAGGUUGUUAGUCUAUGAAUUCAUGCCUCGGGGAAGCCUCGAAAAUCACUUAUUUAGGAGUAAGUUACGAUAUGACAUAUUUUUUAUGUUUGAAAAUUCCGAUUAUAUAAUUUAUCAAUUUUCUCAAAUACAAAUUAAAAUUAUAUCGUAUGUAGGAUCUCUGCCUCUUCCAUGGUCGAUUAGGAUGAAAAUUGCGCUAGGAGCUGCGCAGGGUCUUGCUUUUCUUCACGAGGAAGCUGAACGGCCAGUAAUAUAUAGGGACUUUAAAACAUCGAAUAUACUAUUAGAUGCGGACUACAAUGCGAAGCUCUCAGACUUUGGUCUUGCCAAAGAUGGUCCAGAAGGUGAUAAAACCCACGUGUCUACUCGAGUAAUGGGAACCUAUGGUUACGCAGCACCAGAAUAUGUCAUGACAGGUCAUCUUACAUCCAAAAGUGACGUGUACAGUUUCGGAGUCGUACUACUUGAGAUGUUAACUGGCAGAAGAUCUAUGGACAAACACCGACCCAACGGUGAACACAACCUUGUCGAAUGGGCUCGACCGCAUCUAGGAGAACGAAGAAGGUUCUACCGGUUAAUAGACCCUCGUCUCGAAGGUCACUUUUCUGUAAAAGGAGCUCAGAAAGCUGCGCAACUAGCCGCCCACUGUCUAAGCAGAGAUCCAAAAGCGAGACCCCUAAUGAGUGAAGUCGUGGAAGCUUUAAAGCCUCUUCCAAACCUUAAAGACAUGGCAAGCUCGUCAUACUAUUUCCAAACAAUGCAAGCCGAUCGGUUUGGAGCGAGUCCAAACACUAGAAGCGCGCAUGUACAAGGAGCAUCGCUCGCUCGGAAUGGACAACAAAGAAGGAGCCUUUCGAUACCGAAUGGUACUCAUGUAUCUCCCUAUCACCACAAGUUUCCCCAACAAUCACCUAAACCUAAUGGCAAAUCAUAGAGCUGGUGAAAAUUUUCCAUCUCUGUCUCUUCAGGCUGUUUGGAAAUAUUGAAAUAUUAUUUUACCUUUGGAAAUGUCAUUUCUUGAUUUCUUUAGGCUUUGCUUGUGUAUGAAGCUAAACAUUUGGCUCUUAAAAUUAAUCAUAGGCUUUUGUUUAUAGAAAGAUGAGAAAGGAACUUUAUUAUUGUAUUAAUUUAUGUUAGUUGCUUUAUUAUCUACUACAGGGUUUUUUUAGUCA